AUGUCUUCCAAAACCACGCCAGCCUUCCCUCCAGUGGCUCUCGAUACCAUAACCCAGCACAUUGGGAACACGCCUCUUGUGAGGUUGAACAGGUUACCACAGAGCCUUGGGAUUGAAGCUACGGUAUAUGCGAAAUUAGAAUAUUUUAAUGCAGGUGGCAGUGUCAAAGAUCGGAUAGCUCUGCGCAUGAUUGAGGAGGCCGAACGCUCGGGGCGUAUCAAACCUGGCGACACUCUGAUCGAACCUACCAGCGGCAAUACUGGUAUUGGCUUGGCUCUGGUCGCAGCCGUCAAGGGAUACAAGACCAUUAUCACUCUUCCGGAGAAGAUGUCCGCUGAGAAGGUGUCUGUUCUACGUGCUCUCAACGCGACCAUUAUCCGUACGCCUAACGAAGCCGCUUACGAUUCGCCUGAAUCUCACAUUGGCGUUGCCAAGCGUCUCGAGAAAGAGCUUCCCAAUGCGCACAUCCUUGACCAGUAUGGCAAUGAGAACAACCCACUGGCUCAUGAACUCGGUACCGCCGAAGAAAUCUGGACUCAAACGAAAGGCAACAUCAAGGCAAUCGUUGCGGGUGCAGGAACUGGUGGAACAAUCACCGGGCUUUCCCGUGGUCUCAAGAAACACAAUCCCGACAUUCAAGUUAUUGCCGCCGAUCCUCAAGGCUCCAUUCUAGCCCUACCAGUAUCCUUGAACGAAGAGCACGCCAACGAGCCCUACAAAGUCGAAGGUAUCGGGUAUGAUUUUAUUCCUCAAGUGCUGGAUCAACAUGCUGUCGACAAGUGGUACAAAACAGCCGAUAAGGAAUCAUUCCAAUAUUCUCGCCGAUUGAUCGCUGAAGAAGGUCUCCUCGUUGGCGGAAGCAGUGGAAGUGCUAUAUCAGCAUUGGUCCAGGCAGCCAAGGAAUACAACUUCGGCAAAGAUGACGUCGUCGUUGUGGUUCUGCCGGACAGUAUCAGGAGCUACCUCACAAAGUUCGCCGAUGAUGAUUGGCUUGCAGCAAACGACCUCCUACCAUCUCUCCCAAGUGAAAUCACACUACCAUCCACUACUAAGCAGUCCAAAGGACAAGGCGACGCCUUUGCGGGUCACACCGUCAGCUCGCUCAGAUUAAAACCCGUCACUACCGUCCAUUCAAAUAUUCCCUGCGAAACCGCCAUUGAAAUUAUGCGUGACAGAGGAUUUGACCAACUUCCUGUCCUCGCACCCUCUGGCAAGAAGCUCGUGGGUCUAGUCACGCUAGGAAACGUCCUCAGCCGGUUAACGCAUAACCGCGCAACUGGAAAGAGCCCCGUCGCAGACGUUAUGUUUGACUUCCGCACAAUUGCCGAAGUCGUCACUGACCCUCGCGACAUGGGCCUUGCAAGCUUGAAGCCCGAUCAAAAUGGGCCGCAUGUCCCAAAGCCGCAGAUUAAGAAUCGUAAAUUCGUCGAGAUUACUCGAGAUACUCCGCUCAGUGUGCUCAACCGCUUCUUCGAGUGGAACAGUGCUGCUAUCGUCACUGACCGAGAUGAGACUGAGACUUUGAGACCUGUGGCCGUCAUCACAAAAGUCGAUCUCCUCACCUGGAUGCUCCAACAUAGCAAGAAUGGCGGGUCGCAAUAG